AUGCCGCACGACGUUCUGAAGAAACACGAGGAACGUCGGUUAACUUGCGAGAUGGUAGUUUUUCAGUACAUAGCUGGCAAUAAUGAUCUUAAACACUUGCUGAAGCAUCCAACACUUUCAUCCUUUCUCGAUCUCAAGCGACAAAAUAUACGGUACAUUAUGUACGCGCAUUUAUUCCUCUACGCGAUGUUUUAUAUCCUGCUAAAUUUUUGCAUCUUGAGUACGUGUUUCAACAAUCCUGCAAAUAAAACGGAAAUAUUUAAUGAUAAUGUAACUUUAAAAAAUCCUCUGCAGAUCGUCUGCCAUCAGGACAUUUCUCGAUGGAUCCCCAUUAUCCUACUAUUACUGCUCUUUAUAUUUUGGGAGAUCCUUCAAAUCAUCUGUCCUUGGAACUAUUUGUUGAAGUUGACAAACUUGGAUAGCUUGUUGCACAACAUGCUGAUUUUACUGACGGUCGCUCUGAUAUGCGGGGCGUAUCAGGUCGGCACUUUACUGAUCCUAUUGUCCGCCUACAAACUAAUCAUACUGAUCAGCCAUCAUACAGAUAGGUCCACCAGCAUUGAAAUGUUCCGAACGGUCUCUAGAAACUAUAUGCGUUUAUUUUUUCCGCACGUGCUUUUCGUCAUUGCGUUCGCCCUGGUUUUCUAUACACUCUUCAAGGAUAACACGAACUUUUCUGAUCCCAUGCAUUCGAUCUUCAAGACCAUCGUUAUGCUUACCGGCGAGCUUGACACAAACGAAAUCCCGUUUGUUGCGCACCCCUUUUGGAGCCGUUUUGCGUUCAUACUGUUCAUCUUCUUCAUCGUUAUCGUGUUAGUUAAUCUACUCAACGGCUUGGCGGUCAACGACACCACCGAGAUCUUGAGCAACGCCGAGCUAAUCGGACUAAAAUUUCCACAAUACGCACAAUCGCCUAUCUCUAAAACAUGA